AUGGUGCGAUGGGGGAAACUCAUCGGUCUCGACGACAAUGACCGACGCGGCUUCCGCGAUGAAGUCGAGCACCUGCUACCGACUCGACGAGACGAUAUGGUGGCCUCCCCCUUACCCGCAAAGGAAGUCACGAAGGUCGCACUACGCCUCAAGCACCAGAUCGAGACUGUCGUGCCCUGCGAGCUCGACGAAGCAAAGAUUACGGCCGCGCAUAGCCCCAUAAUCACCGAGGCGGUGAUCAAAACCGCGAAGAGUGCGGGUGGAGAAGAGUAUAAGUCAUGUGUGGUGUACUGUCUCCUGAUUGUGAAGAAAUGGUUCAGGAGGCAGGCCACGCUGGAGCUGUGGGACGCGGACCUGCAUAACGUGCGUGCAAUGGCUGCGGAGAUGAUUGCGAAGCGCAUCAUCGAGUCGGAGGAGGACAUGGUCUACCUGCUGGAGGAUGUCCUGCUGAAGCGGUACUCGUUAUUUGUCGACAACGAGGACACGCUGCCAGCCAAUGCGAUAGAAAGAGCCGUGGAUCUCCAUGCUUUGCAGGUCAUUGGAAGCUCAGGGUACCAGAAGUGCAUAGCCUACCUCUGGCGCGGAUGGCUCGUGCAGGACGACGAUGACCCCAGCCGGUUUGUGGACUACAAGAAGAAGGUUGAUACGCGCUACUGGGUGCAUUUUGAUCCAGACAGAAUGAGGGUUCCUCAGUAUCAGAACGCUGUGCAGAUGGCGUUCUCUUUCAUCUUUCUGGCUCUGUAUACUGGCGCCAUCAACUCGAUUAAUCCAUCAGGUGAUCUGGAUCCUAUCGAAGGCCUGCUAUACAUCUUUACCCUAGGUUUCAUCCUAGAUGAGGCGAACAAGUUCUGGAAGGUUGGUUGGUUUUAUAUCAGUUUCUGGAACAUGUUCAACAGCACCCUCUACGCGCUUUUGACGACCAGCUUCAUCACGAGGAUGAUUGCGCUAGGCCACAACCCUGGCGACCCGAAGCGCGCUCACUUCAACGAACUCUCGUACAACUUCCUUGCCUUCAGUGCGCCGAUGUUUUGGGGGCGCCUUCUUCUAUACCUUGACGCUUUCCGGUUCUUUGGCGCUAUGAUAGUAGUCAUCAAGGUCAUGAUGAGGGAAUCGUUGAUCUUCUUUGCGCUGCUCUUCUUCGUCUUGAUUGGCUUCCUUCAAGCUUUCAUUGGCAUGGACCAGGUUGACAACAACCUCACUGCGACCGGGUUCAUCAUCCAGGCCAUGAUCAACGCCGUCAUGCAGAGUCCAGAUCUUGACGGCUUUGACAACUACGCACCCCCCUUCGGAAUGAUCCUCUAUUACAUCUACACUUUCGUCAUAAUGGUCAUCCUCCUCAACAUCCUCAUCGCGCUCUACAAUUCCGCCUACGAAGACAUCACCGACAACGCCAUCGACGAGUACAUGGCGCUCUUCUCGCAAAAGACGAUGCAGUUCGUGCGCGCGCCAGACGAGAACGUCUUCAUCGCGCCCUUCAACCUCAUCGAGCUCUUCUGCCUCGUGCUUCCGUUCGAGUGGUGGAUGUCCAAGGCGCAGUACGAGCACCUCAACGACAUCGUCAUGACGGUGCUGUAUUCGCCCCUGCUGCUAGUUACGGCGGGCCUCGAAGCUCGCCAGGCGCAGAGGGUCAAGAGUAAUCGCAUGAGGAAGGAGGAGGAUGAUGAUGAGAUUGAGGAGUGGGAGCAGAUGACGGGGGAGAUUGAUAUGGAGGCGGAGGGAUGGACGAAAAAGGUCGAGGAGACGGCGCCGAACGUUGCAGAAGACGGGGCGCUGGUGGAGGUUAAGAAGUUGAGGGCGGAGUUGAGCGAGUUGAAGGAGCUGCUGCUUGGAUUGAAGGGGGAGAUGAAUGGGCAGUGA